AUGACAACUAAAGAAAAUAAAGACAUUCCUGGAUUUGUUAAGGCAUUUCUUAAAGAAGAGAAAAAUAAAUAUUAUGUUCGUGUAGAUAAUAGUUUUAUUGAAGACUCAUUCAAUUACUAUGGAUUGGAAAAUCAAGUUCAUGGAUAUAAAGAAGUAAAAGAAUAUCUUCUUAGUAAAAAGAAAAAAAGUAUUAAACAAGAAGAUGAAUUUCUUUAUAAUGGAGCAUCAAUAUUAUAUGGACUUAUUCAUGCUAGGUUCAUUGUUACUGAAGAAGGAUUAAAGAAAAUGAAAAGGAAGUAUAAAAAACAAGAGUUUGGAAUUUGUCCUAGGUAUUAUUGUAAUAAGGCUGCAUUAUUACCAUUUUCUCCAUCUGAUAAAUUAAAUGAAUCAACUAUUCAAUUAGUAUGUCCAUUAUGUAAACAUGUUUAUAGACCACCUCAAGAAUAUGCAACAAUUGAUGGGGCUCAUUUUGGUUCAUCUUUUGCAAGCUUAUUUAUGAUGACAUUCCCUAAAUAUGUAAAUUCAGUAAAACCAAUAGAAGGUAAAUACUCUCCAACUAUCUAUGGAUUUAAAUUGUAUAAUGGUGAAAUAAAUGAACCACCAAAAGACUUCUUUAUAAGAAAAUCUUUCAUGAAACGAAUCAAAUGA